AUGCCUCGAGGAUUCUUGGUGAAGAGAACCCGGCGAUGUUCGGGGUCAUACCGGUCACGAAAUACCAGCAAUAACCAACCUGAAACAUACUACGUUGACAGGAACAACGGUGAUAACUCUGAAGUGAGCCAACCAGAGGCAGAGAAGCAGACCAAGGUAUUGAAGGGUGUCCUGUGAAGGACAGACGUACUGCUCCCGGUAUCCCGCGAGGACUCCGCCGGUGUAGGAGAGGUGUGGACCCCGCAGGUGGAGUCUGCUCUGGAGGCAGAAGCUGAUCGCAGCGCGCAGCUACCGGAGACCGAGGAGCAGGUGAGCGAAGUGGACGUUCUGACUCCUGAAAGUGAUUUCUCCUGCUUCUUCCCACAUCCUCCAAUACCCCCAGGAGAAUUGACAAUAACGUCUUGCAGCCCCGUGACACCGGUGGGAACGAGGCUGCUGCAACACGAGCAAGGAGAGAAGCAGCCGUUGUUCCCCGGUAAAUGCCUCACAUCAACCCCGGUGUCAGAGUUACCGAAGCUGCCGUUCCUGGUGAGCUCGACUCCGACCUCCGCUUCUAUUGAGAGACUCCUGGCGAGCAGCAGCCGCCACGCACCGUCGUACGGUCACCAUGACAAAUAUGACCCGAGUAUGGGGCACCUGUUCCCGCCACUGACACUGAUGAACCAGCACCAAGCAGCAAGGAAACGCGCUUUCCUCGAACAGGACCAACGUUUGAACAACAACAGACACAACAAACAGUCAAACCCGCCAAAGAAACCCAAAGUCAAUCGGAAACUUAACUUCGAGGAUGAAGUCACUACCUCGCCGGUUUUGGGUCUGCGGAUCAAAAAGGAGAGCCCAGAGCUGAGGAGACAGAGGGAGAAGGCUGCUCUCAGUGGGAACCAGCCGCUGGGAGAGUUCAUCUGCCAGCUCUGUAAAGAACAGUACCCCGACCCUUUCUCCCUCGCACAGCACAAGUGCUCACGCAUAGUGCGCGUGGAGUACCGGUGUCCCGAGUGCGACAAAGUCUUCAGCUGCCCCGCAAACCUGGCGUCCCACCGCCGCUGGCACAAACCUCGUCCGGUAAACAACCAGGGAGGAGAGACUUCCACAAACAAGGGUCAGCCGUUAAAGGAGGCACGAGGGCUCAUUACGCACGAGAGGCAGCCGGUUGACAUGGAGGGCAAAGAGAACGAACUGCUGCGCAUUAACACCAACCAGCACCACGGAGCAUCGGACAGCUCCCGCAUGAGGCGCGAACCCUCCCUGCUGAUGCUCCACGGUCGGUCCCGGGACUGCCCUGAUACAGACAGUCUCGCUCCUCCUCACUAUGACUCAUCUCUCCAUUACCGGAACCCGGUUGAAAGUUGUUUGGAAGUGAGAGCGGCAGACAGCCCACCCUCGAGCCUCUUUCUACUGAACAGUAAGCCGGAAGAGAGCGUGGACCUGUCGCAACAGCAGCGGCCUUCCUUCCCGCUUCCCGCUUUGCCGUUCAUGCAGUCCCUAACUGAAGAGGAAGUGUAUGAGUGCAGGUAUUGCGGGAAGAAAUUUCGCCGACAAGCUUACCUGAAGAAACACCUGGCCGCGCACGAGAUAACAGAACGAGCGUCAACCCCCCCAUCACCUUAUAACCAGACACGCGAGACCAGCGGCCAGGUGUUCCUGUGUCACCUGUGCGGCGCGCGCUUCCCGUCGGUUGAAAUCAGGGACAAGCACCGUAUGUGGCACGCGAUGAGGGAUGAGUUACUGGCGGGAACUUUGGGAGGAGGACUCAGACAGGAAGUAUUCCACGGGCAAGGAGACGAAAGCGGCCCCGGAGAACGCGAGCAGCAGCAGAUCUUCACGUGCAAGCAAUGUCCGUCAACUUUCUUCAGCUCCCCGGGUCUCGCGAGACACAUCAACAAGUCUCACCCGACCGAGAACCGGCAGGUGAUGUUGCUGCAGAUGACCGUGCGACCGUAAAACGCUGUAAAGACACUUAAACAAGAAAA